UGAAUGAGGUGCUUAUAUAGAGUAUUUAGAUAGAGGGCGUAUUGAAGUUGAUGGAGAAAUUUGUAAAUUAGAAUUAGCCAUGUGCAUUCAAGUAGGGUAUCAAUCACUGGAGCAAGUGUUUUCAAUGUUUAAAUGGAUAAAGAGUGGAUACCUUGGAGAUCGAGAACUACCUAUAGUGCCAGUUAAUAUACCCAGUUUUAAUAAGAAACUACAUCUGUAAGUGUAGUUACAGACAGCUAAUAUACCUAGUUUUAAUAAGAAACUUUUUGGGUUGAGACGAUUGGGGACGCCUACAUGGGGGUAUCUGGUGCGCCUGAUGUGGACCCUAAGCAUGCAGAAAACGUAUGUGACAUGGCUUUGGAUAUGGUGCAGGUUAUUGGAGGCCUAAAAGAUACGUCUACUGGUCAAAGUCUCAAAAUUCGUGUUGGUGUUCAUUCAGGAGCGGUGGUGGCAGGAGUCGUAGGUAUGAAGAUGCCAAGGUACUGCUUGUUUGGAGACACCGUCAACACAGCGUCUCGAAUGGAAAGCACUAGUGAGGCUCUGAAGAUACAUAUUAGUGAGAUAACAAAACAACAGCUUGAUGACAAUGAUUGGGAGAUCUCAGAACGAGGAACUAUUCCUGUAAAGGGCAAAGGAGAAAUGAAGACUUACUGGUUAAACAAAAGGAAAGGUGACAGACGCCCAGUAACAAAUCAACCAAAGAUUUCAUGUACACCACCCAAGGUGGACAAUGAAGACACUCGCUCCUUAUAUACUCCUGUCACAUUUGAUGAAGUUGCUAGACGGUCUGCUUCUCCAGCUUUAACAUCGCAACCAGUAAGUACACCUGUGAUCGAGAUUCCUGAUACAACGAUCAAACCUGGUAACGGGAAAAACGUUGCGCCCGCUACAACAGGGCCAAUGUUACUGUCUGUUUCAAGCCAUUCUCAUUCCUCUCCUGCCAAUCAACAUUGUCAACGAUGUAAAAAAGUGCGAAUUCCCAAACAAGCCUGGACUAAUGAACCCGUUUAUCCAGGAGUAAAUGGAUGGAUGAAGCCACAUCAAUUCAACCAUCACCACCAUUGGCACAACAGUGGACCCUACCAUAUGUAUGGUAGCCAAUUAGCUUACUCGUCUUACUUUCCCAUGUACUACGAAAGCCACAUGAAAAACUAUGGCAGAGGACAACUUUCCAUGUUGAGUAAUGGGAGAGACCACAGCUGUUGUUGGAACAAGUCGGAGAGGGCUAUUAAUACCAAUACUUGUUCUAUUCUAUAAUACAGACAACAGAAAACUCGACGUUUCUGGACGCCACACUGCGACGCAUCUGCGUAUAAGGUAAACCGACACCUACCGACAAAAGAUUCCUUAAACUGAAAUUUCUCAGAUUUUUCGGCAUACUAUUU